CGCCAGCCUGUCCGAAAAGUGAGGAAGGAGAACCACCCUGAACGCACGGCCUCCUGUCGCCACUCGGAGUCACGCAAUCGCAUCGCGAUGCUCGUUGUUCCGACACAUCGCCGUUCGCUAUGUUCGCUCCUCGCAUCGCGUCUUAGCGUCCGACACGCGAUGCGCUAACGUUGCCACGCGCUGUCGUUCGAUCGGAUCGACCGACCGACCGACCGAUCGACUGAUUCCGUUCUCCAUGUCGCACGUGCAUCCCAUCAGCCCGAGAUUGAUCCGCACCGACGAUGCGACGGGAAUGAGCAGUCCACGGGAAGCGACGGCGCGAAGCGGAUCUGAUUUUUGACAGAGGUUCCCCGAUGUGCCUGUGGACGGUCGAUCCACGAGAAAACAGGCGUGCAAGUGGAAGUUCCCGUCGACCUCUUAUUCAGUCACUGACGUGCAACGCGAGCGUGAGUGCAGAGUGCUGAAACGAUGUCGAGAUGCCAGGCGAAAGAGGGCCCGCGAACGAAAGUGAUCUAUCUGUAAAAAUGUAUAUAAGAGACGGAUAAGCAGCGGAGACUGUAAAUAUGCUAGCUUGAUCGCCUGUGCAAGAUGAGAUUCAACAAGCAGGAACUAUUGACUCUGGCUACACAGCCCUCGCAAAAAUUCGAGAAGGAGGGUAUUUUGUACGUAAGAGAACGGCAAGAGGGCUUCUUCCGCAGAACGGAAAGUAAAAAACCCGAGAACAAAAAUCAGAGAAGGAGGUCACAUAAGAGCCUACGAGAUCUCAAUUGCGUUACCGCCGGCGCGAGCAAAGUAAGUCUCGAACGAUGGUGCAGACUGCGAGGCAACCUUCUGUUCUAUUUCAAAUCGCGGGAGCAGUGGUCGGAGCCGCUGGGAGUGAUCAUACUGGAGCAGUGCACGGUCCGGGUGGAUCCGCCCAGCAACCACGUUCCUUACGGAUUCAGCAUAGUUUUCGACGGAGGCUUGUUUCAACAGUUAGGCGCGAACACGGCCGAGGAACGGGACAGUUGGUUGCAGGCACUGCAGCUGGCCAGCUACGAAUGCAUGCGGAGUCAGUUGUUGUCGUUGCGACAGCGCAUCGAGGCCUUCAGCGGGCACAAGCACGACACCGACAUACAGAUGUUGCGGCUGCAACGUGGGACCUUCACAGAUCCGGCAGAAGUACCAAUGUGCGAGAUAUCGCUAGCCUGCGAUAAUCUAUUAUGCGAUGGACAUGGCCGACCACCUACUCCUGUUUUAGAGAUAGAUGUACAGUCGAAAUCUCCCAAAACUUGGAUUAAGUAUGCACGAACAGAAGUCGUAGAGCGAAGUAGUAAUCCGAAUUUCUUAACUACGGUGAGUUUUCGGGCUAGUGACGGCUUAACUACUGAAACGAAAAUUAGAAUUACCGCAUACGACGUCAGGGAAAAAGUCAGCCAGACCGCGACUCCGAUAGGAAGUGCAAUAGUGACAUUCAGUACAGUGCAAGACACUCCUAGAUUAAGAAUACCAUUAAAAUCAGCGAAAACAACGACAGUCGGAUUUUUAACGAUUAAUGUGUGGAAUCUGGAAGCCGAGGACAAAGGGAACAGCACAGAGAGUACACCUUCGCGAAAUGCAGUAUAUAGCAACAACAAUCAACAACAACUGCCUUCGCACAGACGCUCGCAGUCAUUACCUCCAAGAUUAGGGACAAAAAUUAAGUUCCCACAUCAAGGCCAGUUAAAACUACUCUUUGCAAAUCCAUUUGUGCAGACUUAUAGAUUCCACUCCGGAUUAGGUGGUGAUAUAUGCGUACACGAGAUCAUGGCAGAGAGCAAACUCUGUUUUCAAUUUCCCCAACAUUUAUUGGGUAUUUGGAUACAAGAAGAAAAGGAAUUGUUACAAGAGGUAGCUGGAAUGGGAGAAUUGAGGGAGCCUUGGCAUACAAAGCAAAUAGAGUUGCUCGAUCGCCAUCUUCACCUGUUACAUUUAUAUUCCCAAGCCAAAGAAAACUUAGCCGCCUACAAAGGAAGUUAUUUCAAGCAAUCGUCACGAAAGAACGAUCGCACUCUCGAAUUUGCGCCUUUGAAUUUACACCUUCAACGAAUGUGGGUCCACAACGACACAUUGAACAAGUGUGGAUUUUAUGAUUUUAUUAGUGUAGGAGCAUUUACCGCCCAUUCCCACAAAAGCAAAAACGGUGGACUCAUAAGGUUGGUACAGGCAUUAAAGGAAUCACCUAUGCGAAGCAAUCAACUAUAUCAGGGAACAUCCAAAAUUACAAUGGCGCACGAUGCGAUCCAAGCUAUCAAACAAUUACGUCGAGAUGUUGUGGAAGCAAUGAGAUCCUUGAUGAAACUAGCCAAAGAGAAGCAAACAAGUGGCAUGCUGCCAAUAUGUGAAGAUAUGAUCACAAAAACUAGGAUCUUACUUAGUCUCUGGGAUCCCGGCUUGGUGGAGGAGGCAUUAACGUUUUUGGAAGAGUACAAAGUCGCGAAAGUUCAAGAAAACUCAACGACGUCUUCGGACGAUACUUUGACGCUGGACUUCAAGGCCAAUCAAUCUUUAUCGCCAUUUAAACGGAUUACACAGCAGCUCAAUUUCGAUUUAAAAAGCCCUGAUUUCGACGAUUUCGUCACUCCUGACACUCCCGAGUGUGUGCAGGAUAUCUGGUCGAAGAACGGCAUCAGAAAUGGCGAAUAUGCUUUCAUAGCAUAUUCGAGAAACGAGGCGCCCAACAGUAACGCCAGCGAGAGCGAAGUUGCGGAAGAGAAUUUCGUAAUAUUUCCGGAUGUAGAAGACGAUCCUAAGCAAAUAGAAGUGGAUAUUGAUGAGAGUGUUCAACGAAAUCCCGAUAACGAAAAGAAAGAAAGUUAUGAUGACGAGAAGGAAGAUUUGAAGAAUGACGCAGAUCCCUGUAAACGUUUCCUGGAUACUCAGAAGAUGUGCAAUUCGCCGUCCGCGAAUUAUUAUAAACCUACGGACGAACCAGAGCCGUGGGAUCUUACUCAGUUGAAUAUCGAAGCGAGUGUCAUGUGCCUCGUUUCUAAGGUGAAGUUUCUCUGCGGUAGAUGUAGCAGUCCGGCAGUGCGGCUGCGUAACAAAAGCAGCUUGGGUAGAUCGCAGAGCUUGAAGGGUUGCUUGCCGAGCAAUCGGCAGAAUAUCGAAGUCGUUACAAUCCAGCCGAAAAACGGCAUUAAGUGCGAGGAGUCGAACAAAUUACUGGACGAGUCGAACGAGCGGCAACAGUCCAGUCCGGGAGUGGAGAAACCAGCGUUCUCUAAAGCAAAGGAAGGGAUAACCGAUACUUAUCGUAACUCGUCUUCCAAUGAAGUGUGCCAAGCGGUCGAUUCAAUGACGCGCGUGAUCAAAAGUAAUUCGGGACAGAGAAAUAAGUUUACUGAAGGCCUAGACUUUGCGUCCAUCGUCGAUUGGACGAGUGAGCUUAGACCAAGCAUGAAGAAGCUGCGGCAAGCCAUGGACGGGCUGUUGAAAACUGCCAGAUUGACGCAUUCUGUAUUUCGUGUACAGGAAGACUCGAAAACGGCGCAGCGCGCGUGCAACGUCCGAUACAGACGAGACGUUUGUUUCAGUCAAGCGUUAACUGCCUUAGUAACCGGCAUAAUGGCAAAAUUAUGGUGUCAACGGCCCGAUCCGAUGUUUUUGCUAAUACUCACAACUCUGGGACCAUUGGUCUCCUUCGAAGGCCUUCUUAGCUAUUACGGAGACGAGAUAGACAUGUGGGGCGACAUGGCCGUAGCGGUUGAAGAUACACACACUGUCACAUUCACUCUGUCGAGAUGUGGCAUUCAACCCAGAGUCGAAGGAAAGUCUAAUGCGUUUCAGCUUCCUCUACCGCGUGUAGUAGGGUCGCGGAGUGCACUGACGGUUAUACUUCCGGUUCCGGAUGCGAUUUAUUCUCUCUUACCAUUAGUGCCCUCUUCGAGACAAACGUUAUCGUUUAAUGUAACUCCGGUGUUUUUCAACGUUGGUAUUAACGAAAUGGCUUCUUUAGCUGAGAGCCUCGGUACUACAAAACCACAGGAGAAAAGUAACAUGGACAACUUCGACAGAUUGAAUGAAUAUUAUUUGAGAUUUAAAAAAUUGAAUUUACCUACGGAACCUGCAUCUACGCGCUUUGCUGCUAGGUCAAUUUUGGGCCAUACAUUAUCGGAUAUGAUGGCCAAUUUAAAGACGUGUGUGCAAGAAAAAGUUAAUAAGAAUGUGGAAAUCUUACAAUUAUCUUCACAGAUAUGCCGAAGAAUGCGCGGUUUGAGAUUUACUAGCUGCAAAAGUGCGAAAGAUCGAACCGGUAUGUCGAUCACUCUCGAACAAGUCAAUAUAUUAUCAUCGGAAUAUCAUCUGGCUGAACACGAGUAUAUGAGAGCUCUCGACUGUAUGCGAAGCGAGGGUUGCCGCCGGGAAAAUACGUGGAAAAACAUCGGUGUGCGUAAAUAUGCGUUCAACAGUUUGCAGAUUCUGACGCUGCCCAGACUUUACCGACCGCCGACCGGCACGUACGGAUCUGCCCAGACUUAAGGGAUGAAUCCAGUUCCAGCGUCCCGUACGCACAUUGUAUGAAAUUAAGUUUCUGGCUGUGUAAUCGCGGAUUAACUUCCGCAGUACGUGCUAAGUAUGUAGUACUUGUUACAGAAUAGCAGAUGCUGAACGUUGGGGUGCGUUUAAGUAACGUGAUUCUUUAGAGAAUUUAUUGGGGACACGCGACUGGCACGUGUUAGGCAUACGAAAUACCUCGACCAGGGACGUAGCAAUAUGACGACAAAAA